AUGUCAGUUGAUGGUGAACCUCUAAUGACUCUCAGUACGGACCCGUGGAUGCCGAACAGAAUGUGUGUCGCAAGUAACGGCGACAUCUUAGUCACACAGGUCUCUUCCUUUGAGAAACGUCUUGCAGACACAGCAGGUAUCGUGAGUCGGUACACAACCCACGGAAAGAGGAUGGUCACGGUUGAGCGGGAUCGAUUCGGUAACACUAUCUGUCCCAAAUUUAUAGCUGCCAGCCGCGUAUCCGACUUGGUUGUCGUCACUACACUCACCAAUGAAGAAAAUGGCGGAUAUAAUGGUCACGUGGUAGUGAUGACUGGGGACCUACAAGUGAAGUUCCGAUACCUUAGUGAUGGGCGGGUCAUUCCUGGGGACCAGCAGUACCAUCCAGAUAUCUCAACCAAACACUUCUGUGCAGAUAGUCAGGACAACAUCAUUCUUGGUGCUGUUAAUUUAGGUUCUAUAGAGAUAAUAGACAAACACGGACACAAACUUAAGCAUCUGGGACAGGUUGAUGACAUGGGUUGCCUCGCCAUUUCCAGGGACAAUGAGUUAUGGGUAGGAAAGACAAAAGGUCAAGUGGAGGUCUUCAAGUAUACCUGA